CCGUGUGGCGUUCUGCAUUCGCUCACCGCACAAGCAAACCGUACAGAACGGAGUCCCUCCUCGCUGACUUCAGUCGCCAAACGAUUCUGGCCUCUUUCGUACGCGCCGGUCGUCGACGUUCACCAAGCACCGGACAGUCUGGCGGUGGCUCCUAGAUUUUUUAGCCGAAAAACGGAGGAACGCGGUGAAAAUCGGUAGGAUAACGAGUCCGGGAACCCAACUGUCAAGGCGGAAAGCAGUUGCACGUCCGGUUUGAAAUACCCGCGCGAUUCGGUGUGCGGAUAUUUCGUUCGCAGUUGUACGAAAAGUUUGUUAUCAGUGCAGCGUUGGUGAUUCAUUUGCUCCACGUGACUUAUACGAUCGUGGAAAAAAGGUGCGCUUGUUGUACUUUUCAAGUCCAGAAAUCACUGGGAAGUUUUUACCAGUUCGUCAUCGCGGUGCAAGAACGCCAAAGAAGGAUCUCCCGGAAACUUAUCGGAUUGGAGUUUACAAUCGAGGACCCUGCGAAAACAAUAGCGGAGAGGAAAUCGGCGGAGUUUCGGCCCCGCCACCGAUAUCUAGGUCGAUAUCUCAAAGACCUGUAAGGACGAUGGAGAGAGGACUUCACGAGCGGGACCGAGUCGGUGUCCAGGACUUUGUCCUGUUGGAGGACUUCCAAAGCGAGACAGCGUUCGUCGACAAUCUGCGAAAACGGUUCAAAGAGAACCUGAUUUACACCUACAUCGGCCAGGUCCUCGUCUCGGUGAACCCGUACAAGGAUUUGCCGAUUUACACCCCGGAGACUAUCCAGGAUUAUCAAAAAAUCCAUUUCUUCGAAGCGCCACCGCACAUAUUCGCCCUAGCGGAUACAGCUUACCAAUCACUGACCGAGGAAAACCGAGAGCAAUGUAUCCUCAUCUCAGGAGAAUCCGGCUCCGGAAAAACCGAGGCGUCGAAAAAAAUCCUGCAAUUUAUCGCCGCCGCAACCGGACACAAACAACAAGUCGAGGGAGUAAAGGACAAGCUUCUCGGCAGCAACCCCGUCCUCGAAGCAUUCGGCAAUGCGAAAACAAACCGCAACGACAAUUCGUCCAGGUUCGGAAAGUACAUGGACAUCCAGUUCAACUACCAGGGUGACCCGAUCGGUGGUAACAUACUGAAUUACCUCCUCGAAAAGUCGAGAGUGGUCCAUCAGUCGAGCGGAGAGCGAAAUUUUCACAUAUUUUAUCAGCUACUCGCCGGAGCCGAUGAGGAUACGCUCCAGAAACUGUUCCUUAAGCGCAACUUCGACACCUAUUACUACCUCAGCAGCGGCGCAAAAGGACACGUCGAAUCCAUCAAUGAUUCCGCCCAGUUCCGAGAGGUGACGAACGCGAUGAAUACCAUAGAACUUGACCAGGUCGAACAGGACUCCAUAUUUCAAAUCGUGGCCUCCGUUCUCCACAUGGGAAACGUUGGUUUCACCGAGACCGAGGGCGUCGCUGAAAUAUUGAAACCAGCCUCGGUCGAAGCUGUAUCUUCGUUGCUGGGCUGCGAUGCCGUCCAACUUGCGAAGGCUUUCACCAGUCGCACUAUCGAAGCUCGAGGCGACGUCGUCUGUUCACCUCUCAACAGAGAAUUGGCAAUCUACGCCCGCGAUGCUCUGGCCAAGGCCGUCUAUGAUCGAUUGUUCACCUGGCUGGUCAAGAGGCUGAACAAAUCCCUCCAUUCGCAGGACAGUCGGCGCAACGUUGUUAUGGGAAUCCUUGAUAUAUACGGAUUCGAAAUUUUCCAGAAAAACAGCUUCGAGCAAUUCUGCAUAAACUUCUGCAAUGAAAAAUUGCAGCAACUUUUCAUUCGUCUGACACUGAAAUCGGAACAAGAGGAGUACCUUAAGGAGGGUAUUGAGUGGGAGCCCGUUAAGUACUUCAACAACAAAGUAAUCUGUGAUUUGAUAGAAGAGAAGCACAAGGGUAUCAUUGCCCUGCUCGACGAGGAAUGUCUCCGACCUGGCGAACCGACGGAUUUGAGCUUCCUUGAAAAAUUACACACUCAUCUGUCCAACCACGAGCACUACAUAAGUCACAUGAAAUCCGACAUACAAACGCAAAAAAUAAUGGGACGCGACGAAUUCAGAUUGGUCCAUUACGCUGGAGAAGUAACGUACAACGUAAAUACCUUCCUUGAAAAGAAUAACGACCUGCUGUUCAGGGAUCUUCGCGAAGUUAUGUCUCACACUACCAAUCCAAUAACCAAGGUUAUAUUUGACGUGGAAGAUUUGUCGAGUAAGAAACGUCCGGAAACUGCGAUAACCCAAUUUAGAAACAGUUUGAAUAAUCUGAUGGAAAUACUUCUGGGGAAAGAGCCCUCCUACAUCCGUUGCAUCAAACCAAAUGACUUCAAGUUGGCUGGUCAAUUCAACGAGAAGAUAGUACUACACCAGGUCAAGUAUCUCGGCUUGAUGGAGAACCUGAGAGUUAGGAGAGCCGGAUUCGCCUACAGAAGACCAUACGAACAAUUUUUGCAACGUUACAAGGCACUCUGCCCUGAAACCUGGCCCAGGUAUCACGGUACAGCAAAAGACGGGGUACAAACUCUAGUCUGCCAUCUUGGGUACGAGAAUGACGAAUACAGGAUGGGCAACACGAAGCUGUUCAUCAGAUCACCCAAGACUCUGUUUGAAACCGAAGAUGCUUUCCAAGAGAAGAAACACGAUAUUGCUGCCAUCAUUCAAAGCAGAUGGAAGGGUAGAAAGCAAAGGAGGAUAUACCUCGAAAUGCGAGAUGCUUCUAUCGUUUUGGAGAAAUACGUUCGAAGGUGGCUCGCGAAAAGGGAAGCGGAACAGAGGCGAAAGGCUGUCAUCACUAUUCGAAGGUUCAUCAAAGGUUUCAUUACUCGAAAUGGACCGCCAAAUGAAGAAAAUAUGGCAUUCAUUGAACUGGGAAAAGCACAAUGGCUCCGAAGACUCGCUGCUAAUCUUCCGGAAAGUCUUUUGGAUACUUCUUGGCCUGCAUGCCCGCUCGCUUGUCAGGAGGCUUCAGAUUUACUGCAUCCAAUGCACAGAAGGUGGAAGGCUCGAAAUUACAGAUUGGCCUUAUCGCCAGAAGACAAGGCGCACUUUGAGCUCAAGAUUCUUGCGGAAACCUUGUUCAAGGACAAGAAGAAGUCUUACGCAAAGAGCGUUGGACCACGAUUCCAGGAGGAUCGACUCGGCGAAGAGUUCAAUGCUCUGAGACAAACAUUUACGACCAACAUUCUUCCCAGCGAUGAAACUAUAAAGUAUGCAACUCCGGUGGUGAAAUACGACCGUCACGGAUACAAGCCUCGCGACAGAGUCCUCAUACUUACUCACAAAGCAGUUUACAUUCUGGAUACGAUAAAGACCUUCAAAUUGAAACAUCGACUACCCUAUCAAUCGAUCAGCGGUUUGGUCGUCACCGGAGAAUCUGAUAGUUUACUGAUUGUCAGAAUACCGCCAGAACUGAAAAAGGACAAGGGUGAUUUGAUCCUGGAAUUGCCCCACAUAAUCGAAGCCCUGACUAAAGCGAUCGACAUAACAAAGAAUCCUAAAAUCCUUAGCAUCGUCAACGAGGAAUUACUUUCCCACAAACUAGUCAGUGGCAAGGAAGGUACGAUAGAAUUCAGAACAGGAAAUACUCCGGCGAUAAGCAAGAACAGAGAAAGUGGACAUCUCCUAGUUGUCGCAUCACCAUAAGAGCACAAGCAAAAAACGAUGAGAAACCACGAACAUGGGCCGAUGAUUAUCAUAUGUACUUACAAUUAGAAGAAAGAUGAUACAGAUGCUUACGAGCAGUAAAACCAAAAGCCUGCAGCUAGAGCGCAUCAGCUAAUGUGAUUUUUUAUUAAAACGAAAACCAGAGUAUUACGUAUGAACUAUAGAGAGCAUAUAAUAUAUAUAUUGUUAAGAGACGCGCUUGGCGCGGAAUCAUAAUAGGCGCGGGAAAAACUUGUAUGAUAGUCAUGUAAAAACAUUUGAACGAUAAUUGAUAUAGUUUUUAUAAAUUCAGAUUCUAGAGUUGAUAACAGAAAAAAAUAAAAUUAAAGAACAUACAUAUAUACAAAAGUAUAUAUAUAUAUAUAUAUAUGAUUUCAACAGCAUAAUCAAAAUUUCAUACGCAUACCAAAAUGUAGGAACAAUUUUCGAUAAGUUCACGCUACUGUUAUCGAACUGAGGAAUGAAAUAAUAAUUUUACGUGAAAAUUGUUGAAUUCAUUCCGAUUGUAUUUACCGUCAUUGCAUUUAAUAGUUUUUUUUUUUGUUUUCUUGUGUAGCACGAUUUUUUUCGUUUUUCAUUUUCUGUGUGUUCCUCUGUAGCGUUUCAGCUUACACACGAUUGCCAUAUUCUUUAAUAUUAUUUAAACUACAGUGCCAUCGACUGUAUCCAGUGCUACAUUUUACUAUUGUAACACCACUUUAAUAUUAUUCUUAUUACUAGUAUUACGAUUACUGUUAAUAUUGGAAAGAAAGAAUUGACUGCGAAAUAUCAAAAAAUGCAUAUAUAUGUAUGUUAUGAAAUAUCAACUAUUUAUAUACAGGUUCUUUAUCUUUCUUUUUACAACAGACAUCGACAAAUUGAAAUGAAAAAAAAAAAAGAAAUGUACGUUGCGUAGAAC